AUGUCUCAGUUGACAGAACCAACGAUCCUCCCAGGGAGGAAGAACCUUGUCCCAGCCGAUAUUGUACUCAACAUCUUGACAAGGUUAUCUGUCAAAUCACUCAUAAGAUUCAGGUGCGUUUGUAAAUCCUGGUACUUCUCAAUCACCACCCCAUAUUUCAUCUCCACCCACCUUAAUAACAAUAACAACGAUUAUGAUCGUGAUUAUCUCGUAAAAUUGCCUGAGUCUUUUAGAACCAUGUAUCCUCCUCCUUCUUCUCAUCUUUCUAACAGCCAAGUCUGUACGUUUUCUUGCGACCGUAUGUUCAAUAGAAUUUCCGACUAUUCAAUUCCAUCUGAUUUUUCAUCAAAGCUUACAAGUAUAGUCGGUUCCUGCAAUGGCCUAUUGUGUGUCGCUGCCUAUUACAGUGUCAUGACUUAUGCUGAAAUUAUAUUCUUGUGGAACCCCAGCACUAGAAAAUUUAGGAGGUUGCCUAAUUCAUGCUUAAGCCAAAAUCAAUAUGCUUUUGCUACUGGAUUUUCUUAUCAGUCCCACACACGUGACUACAAGGUAAUAAAGAUCUUUUCUUUUAGUGUGGCUGAGGUUUACACAUUAAGCUCGGACUCUUGGAGAAGGGUAGAAAUCUCAUUGACACCCAAUGUUGUGGUCUCAGGAAUGGAUUAUUUUUCGUCUGCCAUUUUUGUCAGUGGGGCUUUACAUUGGUUCGCUAAGAUUAAAGCUUUCACUAACGGGAAAUUCCGACGUCGAAGCAUGAUUUUGUCAUUUGAUGUCGAUAAUGAAAAAUUCAAGGAGAUGGCACUCCCUGUUGUAGAAAAAGUGCAAAAUCAAAGUCUAGUGGUGUUUAAGGGGAAUCUGGCCUUCAUUACAGUAGACUACCUUGGAAUGAACUUUCAGCGACUGAAUCCAUGUCUAUGCUCAAUUUGGGUGAUGGCGGAGUAUGGUGUACCUGAAUCAUGGAAUAAACCUUUUUCAGUGCGAUUGGAAAAUGUUGUAAAAUUCAUUGGUUGCACCUGGUAUGGUGAACUUCUAGUUCAAAAGAAUGUGAAGGCCAAAUCUGAUGCUAGAGAAUUACGGAGCUUCAAUGACGACGUGAUUGUUUCAUUUGACCCUGAAACUUUACAUGAGAAGAAACUUGAUAUUCAGCAAGUUCCGAAUACAGUUAGUACUUUCAUGGAAAGCCUUGUGUUGCUUGAUGGGGAAAUUGAGCUAUCUGGAUAA